AUGGAUAUCUCUGCAACUGCCCCCAACUAUGCACACAAGAAGUUCUCCGCAUUGAAGCGCAAACGUAGUCAGGACGAAGAGACGGAUGAUGUGAUCUUCGUUAUGGAGCACCCAGCGAAGCGUCCAUUCUUUCGCCCUUGGCUGGAUGAGCCACGAGCAGCCAUAACAACCGGUCCGGAAGAGUCACGUCCCCCGCGGAGACCCACGCCCACGACAGUAACCACCACCUACCACGCCAACAUGGUGCGCUCCCAUGCGCCCCGUCUGCGCAGCCCCAAGGCGCAACAGCGUCGCGAUCGCAAUACUUUGGCUUGUCUCUUGAGUCGCCGCGCCCGACAGGCCAAUCAAGUGGCCAUGGAGCAGCAGUACGAGCACUAUCGGGUGCAGCACGAGGCCAAUCUGGAGCACCAAAUUCGACUGAGCCUCUACUACGUGCGUUUUCUGCAGCAAGCCAUGGCCACCAGCCGAGCUCCACUGAACGAUACCCAUCAGAAACUGCCGCAGACUGCGCAAUGCUGGCCCCAAGCGGCAACUGCCACGAAGCGUUAG